CCUAGCACUAACGUUACUUGUAUUUUCCUCUCAGGUGCCCCCUGGCUCAGCGAAACUAGUGAUAUAUGCAGAUAACUCCCUACCGGCCCCGAAAAGCGAACGGUCAGCUGCUAGCGAACGAGAGACGACGGCCUGAUCACGCGGUUGCUAGAACAAAUCGAGCGGCUACCGACACCCCGCGUCAUCGUGCAUAUCGAGUUGCAACGCCUCCCUUGGAAAAAAAAAAACACGCGACAAUGGCCACAGCUGCUUCCGGGCGCCAAGCUUGGCGCCAAUUGAUGCGCAACAUCCCCCGCGGGCCCGCGUCGAGCCUCUCGAGGCCGCAGCAACAACAGCAGUACCGUUUCGUCUUUGGCCGGCAGCUUUCGUCCGGGACACGAACUCCCUCCGGCCGCGCGACCGCGCGAUCUCCGUCGUCCCCCUCCUUUCUGAGCCAGCAGCCGCUCGCGCAACGCUCCUACAGCUCCGGUUCGCAGGGGAAGAACACCCCGCCACGAAACGACCAGCAGAUCAAGUUUUGGCCCUUUUUGGUCGUCAUUGCUCUGGGAUCCGGGGGAUAUAUCCUCUUGGUGAACCGGCGAAAAGGUGAGGUUUGUCGCGGCGGAGAGCUGGGGCUGAGCGAAAAGCUGGAGGUAGGAGGAGGGGGAAAAAAGGAGAACAGAGAGCGGGCGAGGGGAGGUUGCCGUGCAACAAAGUCUCAUGAAGCACGAGUACCUUCACAAGCCAGCUUUUUGACAGCCUGUCCCUUCCUUCCUCCACCGAUCUUUAGCUUCUUCUCUCUCUCCCCUCCCCCUUUCCGUGUCCCAUUUCCCCCUUCCCUCUUGCCAGACCCAAUUCAGCUAACCGAAACCCCCCCCCUUUUUUUUUUUUUGCCGUCCCCUCAGAAAUGCCUCCCACCACCGCCAACACCUCGGGCACCACGCCCGCCUUCUCGCCCGCCGACGUCACCGUCCUCUUCGUCCUCGGCGGGCCCGGCGCCGGCAAGGGCACCCAGUGCUCCCGCCUGGUCCGCGACUACCACUUCAAGCACCUCUCGGCCGGCGACCUGCUCCGCGCCGAGCAGGACCGUCCCGGGUCGCAGUACGGGCAGCUGAUCCGGGACUGCAUCAAGAACGGCGAGAUCGUGCCGAUGGAGGUGACGGUGGCGCUGCUCGAGAACGCGAUGCGCGAGACGAUCGACACGACGGGCACCAAGAAGUUCCUGAUCGACGGCUUCCCGCGCAAGAUGGACCAGGCCGUCAAGUUCGAGGAGGUCGUCUGCCCGGCCCGCCUGGUCCUCUUCUACGACUGCCCCGAGGCCGAGAUGGAGCGCCGCCUGCUCGAGCGCGGCAAGACGAGCGGCCGCGCCGACGACAACGCCGAGAGCAUCCGCAAGCGCUUCCGCACCUUUGUCGAGACCAGCAUGCCCGUCGUCGACGCCUACGACAGGGAGGGCCGCGUCGUCAAGGUGGACGCCACCGCCACUCCCGACCAGGUCUACGCUGCCACCAAGGAGAAGCUGAAGCAGGCCUUGGGCGACAAGUUCUAAACCCAGACCGCCGCUGCUCCGCGGCUGUCUACCAAUCUUUCUUUUCAUUUCCCCUUUCUCUCCCCUGAAA